AGCACCAAACGCAAUGUUUUGAUCCUUGAUUCUUCUACGUAACGUUAACCUACAGGAGACAUCGCUGCCUGCUGAAACGUCUGUCAAACCUUCUAGCUUUAUUAUAAAUGUACUAUGUGGUAACAGCGACACGUUGAAUUCACACACCUGACUUACCAGUUAACGUUACGUUUAGAAAUCACGACGUUAAGCUUUUAAAGCUUAAUAAGCUUUAGUUAGCAAGCUAGCAUCAGCAUCAUUUGUGUCGACUAUGGCGGAAGUUGACAGCUUUCAGUUUUUGUAUAGAGAAGUUUCUCGGUCAUGCAGUCCUUACUUGGAAACCCUGGCCCUGGUCGGUGCUCUUUACACGGCCAGAAGGGUAAUAGUACUGCUGAGAGACUGCUGCGCGUUGCUCAGGGUGCAUUUCCUGCCAAGAAUGAUCCCGAGUAAGAAGCUGACCCAAAUAUUUGGUGACUGGGCUGUCGUUUAUGGUGCAGCAGAGCCUGUGGCCAAAGCCUAUGCAGAGGAGCUGGCCAGACGUGGUAUCAGCAUUAUCUUUGUCACAAAGGACCACACCUCUGUUAGAGACGCUGCUGCAUCCCUCUCCCAAAGCUACGGAGUGGAAACGGUUGUCAUCCUAGCUGACUUCUCUUUGGACCCGGCAGCCAGCAAGUCCAUCGAAGAAGCCAUGAGGGGUAAAGAUAUCGGCUUCCUAGUGAACUGCGUGGAGUCUUUGUCUCCCCCUCAGAGCCUGAUUGAAAUGCCUGAGCAGGCUCUGUUGGAUUUUGUGAAUAAGAACGUUGCAGUCGCUACUCUGAUGACCCGGUUGGUGCUGCCAGGGAUGCUGGAGCGCAGCAGAGGAGCUGUGGUCAAUAUAUCAUCGGGGGCUUGCUCCAGACCCCUACCUGGAAGAGUGACCCUCACCGCCUCCACUGGCUACCUGGAUCACUUCUCAAGAGCUCUUCACCUUGAGUACGGCGGCAAAGGGAUCUUUGUCCAAAGUCUGAUUCCUUUCCAGAUAGCCUCAAGUGACCAACAACCAUCAUCAUCAUCGACACCAUUAUCAGGACAGGGCUGGUUCGUACCAAAGCCAGAGGUUUAUGCCCGCCAUGCCAUCUCCACCCUGGGCGUCUCUAAUAGGACCACUGGCUACUGGCCUCACACCCUGCAGUAUGGACUGAUAAGAUGUAUUCCAGAGUGGAUCUGGGUUCUUGGCUCACGUGUGCUAAUCAGUUCAAGCUAAGAGCUCACCUCUCCACCCCUUCACUCAAGACUUAACCCAGUUACUGGAUCUUCUUGUUACUGGAGUCAUGUAGAGUUUUAGUUUCUUCUGCCAUUGGUUUAAAUUUGGUAAACUCUCAGGCUCUGUUGAGGUUGGUAGUUAAGAGAUUUUCUUCUAUUGAUUUGGUAUUCAUUUCAAGGGAAGCUGCAGUGGAAUUUGCCUGAAAUAAUGAAUGAAUAUACAUAUAUUACUCCUGUAUUACCAUAUGGUCUGACCAAUCUGCAAUGUCCUAAAUUAACUAUAGAAAGCAGACAACCUAAUGAUACAUGUCGUAAUGGUGGCCAGACGUGAAGUCGGAAACUGAGUUUGACUUUGAGUUAGUAUUGUAAACUCGUUGAUUAGCAUUGGAGCAUAAUACUCUUACGUCAUUUGGUUUGGUGCCUG